AAGCAUUUAUCUCUUUAUCGUGCAGUAAACUAAUUUUUACAUUAGUCAGAGACAAGGUUAUUAGCGAAAAAGAGUGAACGAGAAGUCGUGCGUAACCUAAUAAGGUCAAGUCUUAGUAAUGCAAAAAUUUACAGAAAGAAAUACAAUGGCUCAAAGCGCUCCUCUAAUUUUGCGUUUACUGGCAUCUUCCGUAACCGCGGCCAAUAGGGCGGGAAAAAUAAUACGGGAUAUAAUGGCCAGGGGAGACUUGGGGAUUGUCGAUAAGGGCAUUAAUGAUCUUCAAACUGAAGCAGACAGAUCUGCACAACGCUGUAUCGUGGCUUCUUUAUCUCAGCAAUAUCCAGAUUUGACCAUAAUUGGGGAAGAAGGAGCAAAUAAUUCUGAAGUGCCAAGCGACUGGAUUGUAACAGACUAUGACAAAGUGGUAAUCUCAAAACAGUGCCCCCCGGAAUAUUCCACCGUAACAAGUGAGGAUAUUGUGGUCUGGGUGGACCCCCUUGAUGGCACAUCAGAGUACACCCAGGGGCUCUUGGAACAUGUCACAGUAUUAGUAGGUUUGUCGGUGAAAGGCAAAGCCAUAGCUGGUGUCAUACACCAGCCCUACUACAAUUACAAAAGCGGCAACUCAAUAGGGCGCACAAUUUGGGGGCUCGUGGGCAUGGGGGUCGGGGGCUUUGACCCCCAAGGGGCGCCCCCUGGCAAACUUAUUCUCACUACGACCAGGUCACACUCUGAUGGUACAGUCCAGAAAGCCCUCGAGGCUCUAAAUCCAGACGAAAUUAUCAAAGUUGGAGGUGCAGGCCAUAAAGUGUUGUUACUGAUCGAGGGCAAAGCCCACGCGUAUGUCUUUGCAAGCAAAGGCUGCAAAAAAUGGGACACUUGCGCCCCCGAAGCAGUGCUAGUGGCUACUGGGGGUAAACUAACAGAUAUGCACGGGAACGCUUAUAACUAUGGCAAAGAUGUUCAGCACCCUAACACAGGGGGGGUGUUUGCGACCGUGAGUGGUUUGGACCAUGAAGGUUUGUUAGCGAAAAUUCCACAAGAAGUUAAAGACAAACUCAAGUGAUGUCUUUCACGCUUUUUAAUUCUUGUCUCCUAAUCAUUUGAUGUAUUUAUGUUACAAAAUGGGCAAUAAAGAGAAUCAGCAAAAA